UACAGCUCUCCACUGCUGAUUUCCCAAAUUCAUAACUUGCCGCAAGGAACCAGUGAUUCAGUUUUCUCUUCAAUCCGCCGCCAUAGAUGAAGCUCUGCAAUGCAUCGUAAGCUCAUCCGCCUCCUCUUCCCAUGGCUAAUCCUCCUUGCCCUCUUCAUCCUCUUUUUCUACUCCGCAACUGUGUCUUUCCACGCCCCCAUUUCGCCAUCUCCACAGAGAAAAAAGAUUUCUGCGCCAGCCACUUGCAAUCUCUUCAGGGGCCGCUGGAAUCGGGACCCCAAUCGCAGACCCAUAUACGAUGAGACAUGCCCAUUUCAUAGAAACGCCUGGAAUUGCUUGAGGAACCAGAGAGACAAUAUGGGUACCAUCAAUUCGUGGAAAUGGGUGCCCCGGAACUGCGAUUUGCCGCAGAUUGAUCCGUUCCGGUUUCUGGAUCUGAUGAGAAACAGGAAUUUUGGGUUUGUUGGUGAUUCCUUGAAUGAGAAUUUCUUGACUUCCUUUUUGUGUAGUCUUAGAGCGGCUGAUUUGGGUGCCAAGAAGUGGAAGAGGAAAGGGGCUUGGAAGGGUGCUUAUUUUCCAAAGUUCAAUGUCACAGUCGCCUACCACCGUGCGGUGUUGCUCGCCAAAUACAAGUGGCAGCCGAAGUAUUCAUCAUCAGACAAUCAAAGUCAAUUGGAAGGAGUGCACCGUGUGGAUGUUGAUAUUCCUGCAGAUGAUUGGGCUAACAUCGCCAACUUCUACGAUGUUCUUGUAUUUAACACUGGCCAUUGGUGGGGUUAUGAUAAAUUUCCAAAAGAGACACCUCUAGUCUUUUAUCGUGCUGGUCGACCGAUACUUCCAGCUCUGGAGAUGAUGGAUGGACUUCAACUUGUUCUUAAACUUAUGGCCUCCUACAUACAAAAUGAAAUUCCUGGCAAGACCCUUAAGUUCUGGCGUCUACAAUCUCCUAGACAUUUUUAUGGUGGUGAAUGGAAUCAAAACGGCAGCUGCUUGUUCAAUGAACCUCUUGAAGAAUCCCAGCUAGACAUUUGGUUUGAUCCAAGCAACAACGGGGUGAAUAGAGAAGCCAGAACAGUAAAUCGUCUCAUCGAUGAGGCGAUACGUGGCACAGAUAUUGAGGUUCUUGAUCUGACUCACUUGAGUGAGUUCAGAGCAGAUGCCCAUCCAGCAGUUUGGUUGGGAAGAAAAGAUGCAGUUGCAGUUUGGGGCCAGGACUGCAUGCACUGGUGCUUACCAGGAGUACCAGAUACAUGGGUCGAUAUUUUGUCCGAACUCAUCAGUUAUCACUUGAAGACAGGUAAAUGACGAUUCAUUUUCAAGUUCAAGAUGUUCAUAGGUUCCCCACGACGACCCUCGGCAUCAUAUUCUCUUCCAGAUCUCGAAAAACGACGACAGGGAUGCAGAGCUAGUCCAGCAAUGGUUCAGUUUGAUGAGAGCCAUUUUGAUGGAAAAGUAAUCUGAUCGUGAUGUGUUCCAACAAAGUACAAUGAAAAGAUGAGCUUCUUUUCUUCCAUUUUUUUGCCUCUUACAAAAUGAUUCUUACCAGAUUACAGGUAAUAUUGGCGUUGUAAUAUCUUUCUUAAUUGUUACAAAUCAACAGUUAUACGCCCUUAUCACAUAGUUCACCAUUUUGUGGAUAUCUAUUCAGAAUUUUUAACAA